GCGGCCAGCCCCGCCCCGCCCUGGGCCGCGAGGCGCGGGCGGGGCGAUGGCGCGCGGGAGGGGCGGGGCCACGCUGCGGGCCCGGGCCAUGGCCGCCGCGGAUGCCGAGCAGGCAGUUCCGGCGAAGGGGGAGACGAAGCAGGAUUGCUGCGUGAAAACAGAGCUGCUGAGGGAAGAGCUCUCUAUGGCAGCCGAUGGAGGCUCAGCAGAGAAGCAGGGCGGAGAGGCCCCUGUGGCCGCAGACAGCGAAGCCAACGGGUCCUGUGGAAAGAGCGAGGCUAGUGGUCACGUGACUGCAGCACCGCAGACUCAGGAGAACACGGUGGUCAGCCCACAGGAAGGGACCAACAGACUAGCUCGGAUAGCUGAAAAUGGGGUUUCAGAAAGAGACAGUGAAACGGGGAAGCAAAACCACAUCAACACAGAUGACUUCACACAGACUUCUGUCAUCGGGAGCAAUGGGUACUUCUUGAAUAAACCACCCCUGCAGGAGCAGCCCAUGCGGAUUACCAGCACUUUGGCUUCCUCGCUUCCUGGUCAUGCUGCGAAAACCCUUCCCGGAGGUUCUGGCAAAGGGAGGACUCCCAGUGCUUUUUCUCAGACGCCAGCCACAGCGCCGGCCAAGCUCGGGGAAGCAAGUAAAGACGCAGAGGACAAGAAGCCCACGGCCCCUGGUGCCGACGUCAAGGUUCACAGGGCACGGAAGACCAUGCCAAAAUCCAUCCUGGGCCUGCAUGCAGCCAGUAAGGAUCCCAGAGAAGCUCGAGAAGCUCGCGAUCAUGAGGAGCCAAAGGAGGAGAGCAACAAAACUCUUUCUGAUUUUGGACGACAGCAGCUUUUACCCCCCUUCCCGCCCCUCCAUCAGUCACUACCUCAAAACCAGUGCUACACAAAGUCACAGACAGCUUGCUUGCCUUUUGUUUUAGCAGCUGCAGUAUCUCGGAAGAAAAAACGAAGAAUGGGAACCUAUAGCCUGGUUCCUAAGAAAAAGACCAAAGUAUUAAAACAGAGGACGGUGAUUGAGAUGUUUAAGAGUAUAACUCAUUCCACUGUGGGUUCCAAGGGCGACAAGGACCUGGGCGCCAGCACCCUUCACGUGAAUGGGGAAAGCUUGGAGCUGGACUCAGAGGAGGACGAGUCGGAGGAGCUUGAUGAGGAUGAGGACCAGGGGGCCGAGCAGGCUGCUGCAUUUCCCACAGAGGACAGCAGGACCUCUAAGGGGGGCAGUGUGUCAGAAACCGACCGCACCCAGAAGACGGACGGCGAGUCUGAAGAGGAGCAAGAGUCAGCCGGCACCGGGGAGGAAGACGAGGAUGGAGAUGAGUCUGAUCUGAGUUCUGAAUCCAGUAUCAAGAAGAAGUUUCUCAAGAGGAAAGGGAAGCCUGACAGCCCUUGGAUCAAGCCGGCUAGGAAACGGAGGCGGAGAAAUAAAAAGAAGCAAAGCGGUGUGCUGGGUUCUGAAGCAUAUACGUCAUCUUCAGGAAGCGCAGAGCAGACGGCGCCCGGAGACAGCACGGGGUACAUGGAAGUCUCUCUGGACUCCCUGGAUCUCCGUGUCAAGGGGACGCUGCCCUCACAAGCAGAAGGGCUGGCCAACGGUCCCGAUGUGGUGGAGACAGACGGCCUUCAGGAAGUGCCCCUCUGCAGCUGCCGGAUGGAAACCCCGAAAAGCCGAGAGAUCACCACUCUGGCCAACAACCAGUGCAUGGCUACGGAAAGUGUGGACCACGAACUGGGCAGGUGCACCAACAACGUGGUCAAGCAUGAGCUAAUGCGCCCGUCCAGCAAAGCCCCGCUCUUGGUGCUCUGUGAAGACCACCGGGGCCGGAUGGUGAAGCACCAGUGCUGUCCCGGGUGUGGCUACUUCUGCACAGCGUCUUCCCGUUUUCAGGGUAAUUUUAUGGAGUGUCAGCCUGAGAGCAGCAUCUCUCACCGCUUUCACAAAGACUGUGCCUCUCGAGUCAAUAAUGCCAGCUACUGUCCCCACUGUGGGGAGGAGAUCUCCAAGGCCAAAGAGGUGACCAUCGCAAAAGCGGACACGACCUCCACCGUGACGCUGGCCCCCGGGCAGGACAAGAGCUCCUUGGUGGAGGGCAGGGCUGACACGACCACGGGCAGCACUGCUGGACCACCGCUCUUGGAGGACGGCAAGCCGCAGGGCACAGCCCCCCAGGCAGCCGAGGGCUUCGACCUCACGGGGCCUGCCGGGCUGGUGAAGCCGGCCCCCGGCCUUUCCCAGGGACCAGGGAAGGAGACCUUGGAAAGUGCUCUGAUCGCUCUGGACUCGGAAAAACCCAAGAAGCUUCGCUUCCAUCCGAAGCAGCUGUACUUCUCCGCCAGGCAAGGAGAGCUGCAGAAGGUGCUGCUCAUGCUGGUUGACGGGAUCGACCCCAACUUCAAGAUGGAACACCAGAGCAAGCGCUCCCCGCUGCACGCCGCCGCGGAGGCCGGCCACGUGGACAUCUGCCACAUGCUGAUUCAGGCGGGCGCGAAUAUUGACACCUGCUCAGAAGACCAGAGAACCCCACUGAUGGAAGCAGCAGAAAAUAACCAUUUAGAUGCCGUGAAGUACCUCAUCAAGGCCGGGGCCCUCGUGGAUCCUAAGGAUGCAGAGGGCUCCACCUGUCUGCACCUCGCUGCCAAGAAGGGUCACUAUGAUGUAGUUCAGUAUCUGCUUUCAAAUGGACAGAUGGACGUCAACUGUCAGGAUGACGGCGGCUGGACGCCCAUGAUUUGGGCCACUGAGUAUAAGCAUGUGGAGCUCGUGAAGCUACUGCUGUCCAAGGGUUCCGACAUCAACAUCCGGGAUAACGUUUUCAGUGGCCCCUGGACCCACUGUGGUUUCCUGGGAUUGUUUUGUGUGUUGGCCAAUUGCUGGGUGUGGAUUGAGGGGCAGAGAUUCCUGAGACCAGCCCUGUGGAUAGUACCUGCCUUUUUAGAGGCGAUCCCGGACUGUGACUGCGUCACUGACUCCCGUGUCUAUGAUCAGGACCACGGAGCCCAGGGCACACCCCACACCUGGGCCGGCAGCAUGGGAGCACUAACUCGUUCUGCACUGCUGUCUAGGAAGGAGAGAAAGGGAGCCACCGUGUGCUCAGGUCAUGAGAGCUAAGGUGCUUGUGUGAUGGCUAGUUUUAUGGGACAUACUUGUUUUCAGAAAACAGGGUUCUGGGGCCAAGGUCAGAAAACUCGCCAGUCCUUUUGGGAGUAAUCCUCCAGCCCGUGUAUCAGACAGCAGGUGAUUCUAGUUAAUUUAUAUAUUUUAAUAUUUUUUUAAAGAUUUAUUUAUUUGAGAGAGAGAGACCGAGAUAGUGACAGGGAUCACAAGCGAGCGGGGACACAGAGGGAGAAGCAGCCUUCCUGCUGAGCAGGGAGCCCGAUGCGGGGCUCCAUCUCAGGACCCUGGGAUCAUGACCUGAGCCGAAGGCAGACGCUUAACUGACUAAACCACCCAGGCGCCUCUCUAGUUAAUUUAAAAGGGCAUUUCUGGAAAGUUCUUUGGGUACCCGCUCGGGAACAAUCCAGAGGGACAGGGGUCCCAGGGAGGACAGACACAGUGCCCUGCAGAGUUGUGUCGGCUGUUACAGAGAGUCACCAAAAGCCAUAAAUGGAAAAUGUAGCACAAACUCAUUAAAUUGAUAAUGAAAUAAGAAAGCAGUUAACAGUAAGACAUGAUUUCUCCAAACAAGCACACCAUUCAGUAGGGUGCGUGUCAGCGUGGAGCCCGAGUGCCCAAGGUAGGGAGCCAGGUGGUGUCUUUUGGUUCUGAGCCCUGAGCGGGACAGGGCUCUCCAGAUCCCCGCUUAAAGAAGGGAUGGGAGCAGUGAGCACCACCUGGUCACUCAUCGUGGCUGCUCGGCAUUGGGACCCUUCCCCACGUCUGUGAGCAGGUCCUGCCCUGCCCUGAAACCAGGAACCUCAGCACAGAGGCCCCCAUCUGGGCCUGCAGCACGUGGCUCAGCUGUGGGGUGUUUCCGUGAAUGUCCUCAGAGCUGGGGUCAGUACAGUGGCGCUGCCUGCAGGGCCCCGGGGGCUGGGAGGUGCAGGGCAGUUUGGAUGAGGGUAGCGGGAAGGGGUGUGAUGAGGUCCAGCGUGGCUGCAGCAGAGGGCAGUCAGAAUCUGCCCUGUGGACGCUUUGUGGCACAUCGUGAGCAGCCCCCUUCAAGCAUGGGGUGCUGGGAGCAGCUGCAGCUGUGUGUCCUCGCUGGGCAGGGUAUCAAGAGCGUGUGGGUGCAAGGCAGCAGACGGCCUCACAGGGUCCAGUAGGUGUCGGCGCCGCUCCUGGUGGUGGUCCUCGGGGAGCAGGAGGAUGGACUAAACCGCGUGUUUGUUGUUCAUGUGACAAAGCAGCGCUGUUAUUUCAUCCUAGCAGUUUUAUUGAUGUGUAAAUGGUGCACCAUUUAAGGUGUCCAGUUGGAUGAGAGUUAACCCCAGAAACCGUCCCUGCAGUCAGGACUGUGCACGACGCUCCCAGAAGUUUCCUCCUGCCGCUUCGUAGCCAGCCUCCGUCUGCUCCGCUUUCUGUCACCGAGUUUGUGAGUUCGGCUUUCCGUAGGCGGACCCGCAGUGUGACCGUUGCUCGGGCAACAUCAGCCUGGGGGUCAGCGUUGCGUUGUGCGGACAGGUUAGCUCAGGUGUCCUUCACCUGGUUGCGGACAUGGGGGUUUUCUGGGUUCUGGCUGUCACACAUAGAGCUGCUGUGGACAUGCACGCACGUGUCUGCUAUCAUUUCUGUCCCAUAAAACCUGGGUCACCUGUUGAAGGAGCUGCCCAGCUUCCAGAGUGACUGUGCCUGAGAGGCUGUCCUCCCCAGCACUUACAGUUAGUCUGUGUCCUCGGGGGGGGGGGGGGGGGCGCGGCGGUCCUUUCAGAUCUUCUGCUCAUUUUUUAUUGGAUCAUGUAUUUUCUUAUUCUUCAGUUUUAAGAGUUGCUGUGUAUUCUGCAUACAAGUGCUCUAUAUCAGAUGUUCUCCAAGCCCUAACAACUGUUUUUGAGAGGCAGAUGCUUUUUAAUUUUGGUAGAGCUUAGUUUAUCAAUUAUUUUCUAUUUAUGGAUCAUAUGUUUGGUGUUCUCUUUAAGAAAUCAUCGCCUGACCCAGGAUCCCAAAACCUUUCUUCCGUGUUUUCUUACAGUAGUUUGUUUUGCAUUAGGAUGUCCAGCUGUCCCAGCACCAUCUCCCUUCUCCAUGGACUUGGCUUUGCCCCUGUGUCCACAUGUGUGUGGCUCCGUCCCUGGGCUCUGUCUUCCGUGCCGUUGGCCUGCACGUGUCUGUCCUUACGCCAGUGCCAUGCUUUCCCAAUUAAGAGAAGAUGCUGUGUUACGUACACAGAGGGCUGUCCCGUUUCUCCCGGACCUCGUGCUAUUGCUCUCAGAUACUGUACCAGCCCCGCAGUAGGUUGUUACUUCGUUUCAACAGUCGGUGGUCUUUUGGGAACACUGUAGUGACGAAAGUCUCAGGGAUCAGUGCCUGCUGAAGCCACUUCCUUUCCUGCCUAGGUCCUUCGUUCCAGGGUCGUUUCUCCUCUACACGUCUGACUUCGUUUAUCGUGUCCUGGGGUGCCGGUCUGCCCGUGACAAGUGCUUGCAGCUUUUCCUGCCUGCAGACUCUGUAUCUUGGCUUCACUUUGGGAGACGUUUUGCUGGGUGUGCACUUUGGUCGAUAGCUUCUUUCAGUACUUUGUGCACACAGCCUCUCUGCGUCCUCACCGAGGAGUUUCCCGUGGGGAAUUCUCGCUGGCACCUUGUGCUUAUUUCCAGAUAGAGUGCAUCUGCGUUCUUUUGGCUGCUUUUAGGAUUUUCUCUUUAUCACUAGAUUUUAGCAGUUGAUUAUGAUGCGCCUUGUGUUACUUGUGUGUGUUUGCAAGCCUGAGGUCAGGAAGGUUUAUGAAGCUGUGUCAGCGAGGUCCUCAUCCGUUCCAGAGCCUUCCUGCCUGCCCCCUGCUUUGCAGGGGUCCCUGUUCUGUAAUUAUCACGUGGCUUGAAGUUGUUCCCAGCUCACUGAUGCUCUUUUCAUUUUCCUCAAUUAUUUUUUCACUGUGGAUCACAGUUUGUCUGGUUUUAAAGCUGUUUUGCUGGUUUUAUUGAAAUUUUGCUGUUUUCAAGCUCAGUAAUCUUUUCUUUACCACCUAUUAUGCUGCUAAUCUCAUCCAGUGUGUUUCUGUUAGACAUUGUACUUGUCAGCUCUAAAAGUUUUCUGUGUAACCUUAGGUUGCGUGCCAGACAUUGUGCAUUUUACCUUGCUGUGAAUUUCUGUAUUCCUGGAAAGGUCUUGAGCCUUGUUCUGGGUGCAGCAAAGUUACUCGGAAAUAGUCUGCUUUGGGUGUUGCUUCCCAGGUUUGUUACGUGGGUUCCAGCAGGCCUCAGCCCAGUGCUGGUCGUCUCUUGUGUGGGCACUAGCACUGAGACUUCUGUGCCUCGGCUUUGGGGUGUGUCCUCCUGGAGGUCCAAGGUGGGAAUGUCCAGAUCUCCAGCGGCCUCUUUCCCAGCUCCACAUUCUGCUGCCUCGGCCACCGGCUCUCAGUUCCUGUCUUGGGGCUUCUCCUGGUGCCCUCCCUGCUCCGAGGCCUGGAUCUCAGGACCGUGAGCAGGUGGGCCCAGGCCCCCUUGUUUGUUUCUGCUCUCAGGCCUACAGUACUCCAUUGCCUGAUGUCCAGUGUCCUGAAAUGAAAACCAUUAUUUCACACGUUUUGACUGUUUGGUUCUUUCAGGCAGGGAGGUAAAUCCAGAUGGUCCCUCUGGCCCGGUCUCUGCCGGAACCAAAGUGCCGUCUGUCACUUCAGAUGUGUGGGUCAGGCCUCUCGUAAUAGAGCAGGCAGACCUCAGCUGGUCUGGGACUGCACGCACGUUCCUGUGCUAAGAGAAGCCUGGGUGGACGGGGACAGUCUCAGCCUGUAAUUCCGGUUAUAAAAUCAUAAUCCUUCUGGUGAAGGAAUGACAAAAGAGGCCCCUAAGGAAACCACAUUUUGUCCUGGAGCUUGCAAAUGUCUGGACAAUGGAAAGAUGAGAGGGGUAGAAGGCGUCUCGGAACAACGUCCAGGAAAGGAAGCCCCAGGCAAAUCCAGGCUUUUCAGAAAACACUAAGGCUGCCAGAGGAGUCUGCGGUGAAGCCUGUGCUUGGGGCUAGCUGCUGUUUGCUAACAGAGAGGACCACACAGUUUGACUUUUCUCUUUCCUCUAGUUCAUUGAGCUGGAAGCAUCGGAUGCUCUCAGAGUGGGGGACUGGGAGGCAGAUUAUCUGCGAGCACUGGAGCGUUACAGGGGGUUCCCUGGUGGGAGGGGGGCAGGAACGAGGCAGGCAGAGUCAUGUAGCUGGCACAUCAGUCCCACGGGGGCUGACAUGGGGUGGAGUGGGGGCAUGCACAGUGAGGGGCUCUGCCUCAGUCCUGCUAAGGCCCCUGUGGUGGUGCCGAGUGGACAGCCAGGCUUGACUUUGGCUCCUGUGAGAUACUGGGCGUUCUUGAGGGGUGGGGCCCCCUGAGUGGUGCACCCACUCUGCCAGGAGGGCAGUCAGUGUUUAAGCUGCCUCUGAGGGGUUAAGCCCUGAGACCAAGUCAGGAAAAGAAAAGGACUGAAACAUUCACUGCCUUGUAUUCUAGAGGAAGACGGGAACAAACUAGAGGUUCGGUAGAGGAAGGGCUGAGUAGGUCACGACCGUGAGCUCGGCCUGCACAGUGGUCCACCUGCAGUGGGCACAGGGCAGUCAGCCCGUGGGGGUCAGAGUGGCCUUCUCGUUUGUCCCCAGUGCGGUAGGUUGGCUGUUCCGUCACCGUUCUAAUUUAGGCUGUUUCCCACCUGGCAAGGCUGCCCGUUGCCCUGUGUAUGUGUGUAUUCCUCAUCUUUAACACAAGUUUUAAGUUUUAUACGUUUUGUGCAUUUGUUUUCAGAAUUACAGUGUAGCAAGCUAAUAAACUGAUUAAGUCACGUAUAGCUUAUUUACAGCACAGUGGUUUUUUCUGAUCUUUGAUUUAAAGGUUUUGUUUUACAGAGGUUUUAUGAAGUAAAAUUUUAAUGCAGUCAAGUUUGCUUACCUUUUAUCUUUGUCAAAUUUUACACGGUUUGUCCUGUCCUGCAAUUGUACCUCUGUUCCAAAGUGAAUAUGAUUUUAAAAAGUAGAUAAAGCAGAGUACUCCCGAGUGUUAUGUUACUAAUGUGUUGUGUUUAGAUUGGUCUAAUUCCAGACGGUUUUUUAUUCUAUUUUUAAAA